UAAAAUUAUGUAAACAUCCGCUAAUAAAUUGCAUGCAGGCGCAAGCCGCUUCAGAAAUACCUAAAUCCCACAAUUAGGAUCAUCUCGCGGCGGGAGCGCCCGCGCCAGCGGCGCCGAACCGACAUGCCUGAAAGUGCGUUAUUUAUUUAUUUUAAAAUCCUCACUUGCCAGCACACCUUAGUAUCCAUAGAGCCACCGAUUAGAAGACACUUAUAAGUUAAUAUUGCCAUAUCCAUGCACGUGAAACUCCGCUUCUCUCGCCACAUGGAUUUCGGUUGCUAUGACAAGAACUCUGGCGAAGUGGAGUGCUACCUCGAAAUACAUUGCGAUACGGGUACUUCUUGCGCAAUCACGAUACAAAUGCCCAACCCGGAGGCGGUGGGCUGUGUGGAGCGGUUCGCGACCUUCAUGUCUCUGCUCCUGGUCAUCAUCACAUUCCCAUUCUCGCUGUUCGAGUGUUUUAAGGUGGUGCAAGAAUUUGAACGGGCUGUGAUAUUCAGGCUCGGCCGAUUGAGAAAAGGCGGCGCGAGAGGCCCUGGAUUAUUUUUUGUGCUGCCAUGUAUAGACACCUAUAGAAAGGUGGACUUAAGAACUGUAUCCUUUGAUGUGCCGCCUCAAGAAGUUUUAACGAGAGACUCCGUGACAGUAGCUGUGGACGCCGUAGUGUACUACAGGAUAAAGGAGCCUUUGAACGCAGUCGUCAAGGUAGCUGACUACAGCGCAUCCACACGACUGUUGGCUGCGACGACGCUGCGCAAUGUGCUGGGCAUGCGCGACCUCGCACAGCUGCUGUCCGACCGAGAAGCCAUCAGCCACAUGAUGCAAGCCAAUCUGGACGAGGCCACGGAUCCGUGGGGAGUCGAGGUGGAGCGUGUGGAGAUCAAAGACGUGAGACUGCCAGUACAACUGCAACGCGCGAUGGCCGCCGAAGCCGAGGCUGACCGCGAGGCGCGCGCCAAGAUCAUCGCGGCCGAAGGCGAGAUCAAAGCCUCCAAGGCCCUGAAAGAGGCCUCACUAGUCAUGAUAGAUAACCCUAUGGCCCUUCAGCUCCGGUAUCUCCAGUCACUGAAUACCAUAUCAGCGGAGAAAAACUCAACAAUAAUAUUUCCAUUCCCAUUGGAUUUCCUGAGAACAUUUUUAGGAAAUCCUGGUCCAAGCAAUCCGUCAUUACCCAUAUAAUUAAUUAAAUAUAUCUACGCGUUAUGGCUA